GCGUCCGGUGUGAAAGCUGACCCCUCCUCCAUCUCCCCUUCCCCCUCCUCUUCCUCCAUCCACCCUCCCAAGUGUUUUGUCUCCUCGCUCUGCGCUCUUGUGCCGCUCUUGGUGUUACCGAUUGGGUGUGGUGGACCACGCUGACAGCUGCUGCUGCUGAUGCUACCCGGGCACUCACUCUGUUGCAGUAUUUGCUCUUUAGUCGGCUUGCUAUCUGAUAGUUGGGUGCGUAAUGCUGCACGGUCACGGCCGUACAGCACCGCUGUUUAAUCGAGGGUGUAUUGAUUAAUGUACGUGUAGUUUUAAUUUUUUUAAACGAACGGAUUUUUCUUGUGCGUUUUGUAUUGGGUUAUGUUUGUGUUUGUGUGCAGAUGUCUCAUUUAACUCUUAAGUCGUGAAGGCGUGGGGGGCAUUGAUAACGGAUGGAGUUGGAAAACGUUAGCAGCAAUAAUGUGUCCCCUUUUAAACAAAGAGUGCAACCGCCAACCCAUUUAGGGCAUCGUUGUCAAAUUUAUCCGAUUACACCCUCCCCCAUCGCCUGGGUCUGAAAACAGCUGCGAUUUAUCCUCUUAGAACUGUGCUCUGCUGCUCUGUGUGUGCACAUUCAUCCCUGAAAAUACCGCAGUGUCAAAGCCUCGUUUGGGCGUUUGGCACGAGAGGACUUUUUAAUGUUUUGGGUGGCACUGGUCUCUAAAGCCGGCUUCGACGAAUUCUAUUCUUUGCAGUGCAUGUGGGUGAAUUUGUGGUUAAAUGUGGAUCUAGUUUGGUUAAGCAGUUGUCAUGCUUUUGCAGCGGAUAGAUUUUGCUUAACCCAUCCAAGUUGUGUUGUAUUGAGUUAAGCUGGGUUCAGAGAAAGCUGGACUUUGUUGAGCUAAAUCCAUGAUUUUUUGUUUUACUGGGCUAAGCUUAGCUGUUGUAGAGUGGCUGGUUCAGACUUGUGUUGGGUUUAGCUGGGCAGGGUUCGGGUAAUCCGGGCUAAAUGGUGUUUGGGCUUAGCUAACCUGGGCUGAUGUGGCGUUAACCUGGGCUGUGUUAUGCUACUUUGGGCUGGGCUCAGCUUAACUCUGCUGAGCUGGGCUAAAUUCAGCUUAGCUGGACUUGAGUUUAGGUUGAGCUUGGCCGAGAUAAACUUGAACUGGGUUUAACUGAACUUUGCCGAGCCGGACUAAGUUCUAACCGGGCUGGACUUUCAACCGAGGUUGAGGCUGGACUGAGCUAAAUUUCUGAGGCUCCAUCCCUGGGCUGGCAAGGCGAGGAGGAGGAGGAAGAGGAGGAGGGCACCAUGUACACGUUUGUGCUGCGGGAUGAGAACAGCACCGUCUACGCAGCCGUGGCCAAGCUGCUGCAGAAGUCUGGCCACUGGAAACGGCUCCAUCGGGACAGUCCUCGCUUCAACCUCAUGCUGGGAGAACGCAACCGCCUGCCCUACGGCCGCCUGGGGCAUGAGCCAGGGUUGAUGCAGCUUGUUAAUUACUACCGAGGCUCCGACAAACUGUGUCGCAAGGCAUCCCUUGUCAAGCUGAUGAAGGCGUCCUCAUCGCCCUCCUGCAAGCCGGCGUCGUGGCUCCCAGAGUCCUACGUCAUCUUCCCGCUGAGUCCCAGGACCAGCCGACGGCUGAGUCCCGGUUCGAGUCCCGGUUCCAGCCCCAGGUCCAGCCCGGGUCUCAGCCCAGGCAGGACAAAGCCACAGGCACCCGGGCCAGGUUCUGGCCGUGGCGGUGGGGGUGGCGGUGGCUUUCGGGAGCUGGCAGAGGCGCGCAGGCGGCACGCCGAGCGGCAGGCGGAUGAGCGCGAGGCCUUCCUCGUCUGCUUCCGCCAGCGAGCGCAGAAUCGGCAGGGCAACGUGUGGAUCGCCAAGUCAUCUGCCGGAGCCAAGGGCGAAGGCAUCUUCAUCUCGUCGGACGCGGACGAGCUGCUGACGUUUGUGGAUGAGCAGAGCCAGGUGCACGUGCUGCAGAAGUACAUUGAGGAGCCCAUGCUGCUCGAACCUGGCCACCGCAAGUUCGACAUCCGGUGCUGGGUGCUUCUUGACCCUCAGUACCGCAUCCACCUCUACCGUGAAGGCGUUCUCCGCACCUCAUCCGACCCCUACGACCCCAGUGACCUCGGCCACACGACCAGCCACCUGACCAACCACUGCUUGCAGGAGGCUCUGUCGGGGAACUACGGGCGCUACGAGGAAGGGAAUGAGAUGUUCUUCCCGGCCUUUGAGGACUACCUGCGCAGCACGCACGCCAUCGGCCUGGAGGACUCCAUCCUGCCUCAGAUCAAGCACAUCAUCAGGGAGUGCCUGCUGAGCGUGGAGGCGGAGGUGAGCACGCACGACCUCUCCUACCGCAGCUUCCAGCUCUUCGGCUUCGACUUCAUGGUGGACGCCGCGUGGCGCGUGUGGCUCGUUGAGGUGAACGGGGCCCCCGCCUGCGCACAGAAGCUGUACGACGAGCUCUGCCAGGGCAUCAUUGACGUGGCCAUCUCGCCCACGUUCCCGCUCACCACGGCGGUGUCCGGCGCCUCCGUGUUUGUGCAGCUCUAGCCGACGGACUCAAAGCACUCGGUCCCUCCCUCCCUCCCUCCGCCCACCUCCCCACAGCUUCAUUUCAUCUCACCGUACCAUUAAGCACUAUUGUAAUGAUCCAGUCGUAAGCGAGCCUCUUCGCUGUCAAACCACUUCUCCGCAAAUUGCACGCCACUGUCCUCCUCCCCUUUCUCCAUCGCCGUCGUCACCACCCUCGUCGUCGUCACAACGAAGGUCCCGAUGCACGACCUCUCAGAAACCCUGUUGAGGGGUCGCUGCACUCGGGGAUGUUUGACGAAUUCCUUGUGGAGUGUCGGGCGGGGGGGGGGUGGAACCUCGUGUACGUGAAGGGUACCCUUUAAAAAAAUCCGCACAACUAAGUUGAACAACCUACUGGCUUGCACUGCCUUCUACGUGCCACCUCGUGUCACUCCGGAGUGGGAGGCUAGGUCACGAGAUAAUCUCUGCGCGGGCCGCCAACCCUCGCCUCCAAAUCCCCAGAUUACGCGCGUCUGCCUCCACACCCGGCUACUUACGGUGAGCUGCAGCGAGUGCAGAUUUACAUGCACGGUCGGCACCCCCCACCCCCCCCAGAGUUACGUAACAUCAUCACGAUACUAUUGCGAAAUAUAACAGCGUCUGGACGCGCGCGAGUGUCUGUUGCGGGAAGCGGUUAGCACACCUCCCUAUGAACCUGGCGCCCCAUGUUCGAUUCUUAAACCAUGGCUAACAUUGGUAUUAUUUGAACCACGAUUGACUCGGCCUUACGUGGGUGUCUGGUGUGAUGUGUGAGCAUCAGCGCUGGGGAGACAGUGGUGGAUGGGCGUGGUGCUGGCCACACCACCUCGUGCGCUGCCCUGUCCUUCACUUGCCCCAUCGGCCUUUGUAGGUGAGAACAGUCACCUUUGUCUUUGGGGUGAAUGAGCGAGUGGUGGUGGAAUGGUUACCUCGCUGCACUACGAACAACGGUAAUCUUGGGUUUGAUUCCCGGGCCACGACUAACACGAGCGGAAGGCUGCAAGGCUCGGCUCGGGAUGAACGUGAGCAAGCCAAACGGUCACGUACAAGUUUCCCAAAGAUCGCCGAACGAGAUGACCUGUUGACCUGUCCUUACGAGGAGAGCAAUGACCGAUGUGGUGGACCGUGCGUGGUCGACUAGAGAAAACUUUUCCUUUUCAUCCAAUGCCUUAAGUGACAAUUGGCUAGGCUUGGUAGCCAACAUGCUGCCUAGCCCCCCCCCCCCCCCAAAGACUCGUACUAGCAGUCACAGAAGUAAACAUUCCUCUUCCACGUCGCGCGAACACUUUCACUGAGCGACUCGCAACCCCGCCCCCCCGCCGCUCCCCAGGGUCGCCCCCGUCCGAGACAACGCGCACGCUACAAAUACUGGGGGCCACGAGUGCAGAAACGGUGCUGUCCGAUCAACUUGUACGUGGAGUGCAACGCUUUGCAGUGUGCAACGUUUGACGCCGAACUUUAUUUAUACUCCUACGUGCGAACACAGCAAGGUAGUCGCUCAGGUCCGGCCGCGUGAAGAGGGUUUGUCCAAAAACGCGUGUGUGGCUUUAUACACGUCCGUGCCUGGCCAUUUCGGAUUGUGUGAACAUCUUGAGAGGAGGGACAGGAGAAGGACGACAGGCGAGGCACAAAUACUGGCGCUGGGUGAGGGCAGCUGAUGGGUCAGGGGCGGAUAUGCGAGUGUUACAAUCUUCCUCGCUGCUGCUGUUGCUGCUGCUGUUACUGCUGCAUGCAUGUGCGCUGCAGCCCGAGUGCUUUCUGUCAAAAGGGCUGUGGCUAAAUCCAUUAAUGCCCCAGUGUUAAGCCUUCCGGUUUCGCACAUUGAAUUUACACGGCAACAGGAAAUUAGGCUGACGCUGUAAAUGCGCCCAAGAAGCCGCUGCGCUUGUGAGCAAUCGUGUUUUUAAAAAUAUUUCUACACAACUUAGUUCGCGCAAAUUUCACGUUUGUUUUAGUGUUACCCGUAUUUAUUUUUUGUGUACAUUUCAAUUUCGCAUAACCGGGCAGUGAAGAGCCGCUCGAGUGCUUCGUGUUUUGGAGACGUCGGUUUUGGAGGGAUUUUUCGGCGGCUCUCGAAGCGUGGCCGUCCGCACCCACGACGCGCGCCUCCAAGACCCCGCGCGGUGCGUCACUUCCAAAAAGCAGAGGGGCAACAACGUGGAUUUGGCUCACUGGGUUUUAAAGAAAAUUUUAAAAAACCGCACGUGACGGUUCGCGAACCAUCACGAUUCGGUUCACGCAUCGAUGCUUUGUGGCCCACUUUGGCUGCAGCAUUUAAAAAAUGAACGAGUCUCACACCCGGCGCAGGACCAUGUAACGUAACGACUCUGAUGUCCGAUUCGCAAACGCGAAGGUGGCAUCGUGGUCAUCGCAGCGAUGAGCCACUCCACCACUUCUCCAAGGCCCAAUUAUCUGGCUCGGCUACUUCGAUGUAAAAUUAUAGUUGUUGCUCGAUUACAACAGCCAUACAAAGAAAAAUACUUUUUUCGCACCGUACUUAGCCAACCGUGCUAAUUGGAGGUGUGGGUUAAGGACAACAAACUAAGGACAACAUAACGUAACGUGCACAAAUCUAAAAUAGUGAAUUCUCACAAUCACGAUUCGAAUCCAUUUACAAUCGGUGAGUCUACGUAUCGUUGUGCCUGAAAGUGACCCACACCAAAGUCAAUAAUAUCGAGGGUUAAAAGUAGUGCUUGCAUUGCUAAGCUUCCAGAGUGAAGGGAGUUGGGGUAAGUGGACUCUGCCGCGUUUCGAUUUCUCUGCUAAAGCUACCGCCAGAGGUCAUUAUUUGCAAGCCUGUCAACGAAUCGCAAACUCACCAUUGGAACCUCAUUUGCCAGUAAAAAAUAUAAUUGGUUUUUUUACCCUUCUAUCUGGCAACAAAACUGACACAUUUUUUACAAGGAGUCAUGUUUGCAUAGACCACAAUACCUGCAGCCAUAAUGCAAACAAAAAACAACUCUGAAAAUAUAUGCACUGUCCUUGAAGUUGAUUGGUGCACACUCGAGACAGCUUUGCUUAUAGCCUAGUCUAUGCAAACAUGACUCCUUGUAAAAAAAAAGGUGUCAGUUUUGUUGCCAGAUAGAAGGGUAAAAAAACAAUUAUCGAAUCGCCAACUCGUGAAAGGGGGACGCCACCCACAAAACAAACAGCCGGUUGUUAGGUCGUUAGGCACCCUUUUAAGGGUCAGGUGUCAGCAACCUGUGGCUCUUUUAAGGACUGCUUCGGGAGGUUAUUUAUUAAGGACCUGCUCGUAUUCACGUGCAUUGACUGCUCUUGAAAUGCGUGUUUUUUUACCGAAUUCGAAAAAACAUUUUCUUGUUAUUUUAGCUGCCGUCCCCUGUGCCCUGGGCUGCCCGCCAUGGGUUUUGUGAAUGGUUAAAACAAAAAACUUAGUGCAUCGUGGCAAUUGCUCGACUUCGCCUACAGCGCUGCCAUGCCUCUUUUUCUACGUGGUCGAUGCGGUAACACCACGGGGGGCGCCCGACCUGCCCUGGCAAUUUCCCCACCACUCGUGGGAUCGGCUGCCAUCCUUGUCCUCUUCCUCUGGGAAGAGAACCAGGAAGGCACCAGUUCGAAACCCCUCUCAUCCUGCCUCUCAGCCAGAGGUCGCAAACGGGUUUUGAUUCCUUACCCGUACCCGGCCGCACCAGGCUCGCAAACGGGUACCCGUACCCGGCCGGGUAGGGUACGGGUAUCGGGUACCUGAUUACGACCUCUGGGAUGAAGUCAUGUUGCAGGCGCGGGUGGGUUGAUUCUAGGAACUUGAAUUGUGAGAAGAGUCAAGACGUUAGGAAAUUAAUGACAAACGGUGACUCACCAGUGACUCAGUCUACCCGUACCCGGCCGCACCAGGGUUGCAAACGGGUACCCGUACCCAGCCGGGUACGGGUAGCCGGGUAUCGGGUAGGGUACGGGUAUCGGGUACCCGGUUGCGACCUCUGCUCUCAGCUCUCGUCCACCUUGGUGCGUCCAUGCUCCACCACCUUUCUGCUUCCGAAGUCUUUUUCCUCCCCAAUUUUUUUUUGACGUCACAUCCCGCACCUCGGAUUAGCAUGGUUGGCAAAAAAAUGUUUCAACGUGUUCAAUAUACAUACAUGUAUAUUGAACUUCUUUCGCACCGAACGUAGCCAACCGUGCUAAUCGGAAGCGCGGGAAAUCGUACAUACACCCUAGCCGUCGGAGUCGACUUUGUGUCAGAUUGUUCUGACAUGGGGGGGUAUCGCUCUUGCCUUCUUCCUAAUCUAUCAAUUUCUGGCUCGAUAUCCACUCUUGCAGUGCCUGAGCAGGUUGUGUCCACAAGAGCCGCUUCCUUGGGUUGCAUCCUCCUUUCAGCGUCGUGCAAAGACGUCGAUAAUACAACGAUCGCCCGCGAUGGGCUUUUGAGGUUGUCACCCCCCGACCGCCAAAAACUUGGCAGGACCCUUCUGGAAAAGAAAAUAAGAGUCGAGACUCGGUGAAACUUGGCCAAGUAAACUAGCGUGAUAUUGAUUAUAGGGUUUUCCCCCUUUUUUCUGGCAACAAAACUGAAACCUUUUUACAAGGAUUCAUGUCUGCAUUAACCAUAAUACUUGCAGUCAAAAUGCAAACAAAAACACAACACAAAAAAACUAAAGUAUUGUGGUUAAUGCAGACAUGAAUCCUUGUAAAAAGGUCUCAGUUUUCUUGCCAGAAAAAAGGGGAAAUACCCUAUUAUUAUAUUUUGGUACUGGCAAAGGAGGUCUAAUGAUGUAGCGCGAUAAGGAUAUGCAACCCAGAAAAGCGAACAGCUCCUGCGAGAAUGCAACAAAGCCGUAUGUCCCGGGCUGUCCGUCACAACAUUUUAAGCUCGACUCCAUAGCGCUUGUGACAGCGGUGUGAUGUGUAUUAUAACUUCACCGCAGUGAUGUCGCUCCAGUGUGUGUCCCAAGUGAACCUUGUCAUUUAACAAGCGCCCAGUCCCAGUCUCGGACUGUCCACAACAUUCGGGUAGAGGAACGUGAAAUAAGAGCCAUCUGUGUGUGUUUUUUCAUUGUCUUUUGAACAUGUGUGGAACUCAUAAGUUAUUGCUCGUGUUUUUAUUUAUUACUAUUAUCUUUACAUUUGAUUUCCUGCUGAACGAGCAGUGCAGAAUGAAAUUAAUCCCUUUUUGGAAAUGUAAAACAAUGUCUUAUGUCUCGUUUUACACGACCCGAGGUUGGGUGGAACGGUGGCAGAGUCGUUCGUGCACAGUGCCGCGAACCCGUUUAUCCACGUUCGAUCCCAGGUCGCAGCUCACAUCGGUGGCAUCUGAAGUCUUACAUGGCCUUGUGCCCCCCACCCCGCCAAUCCACCCGGACCGUCAUGGUGAAGUAUGGUGAAACAACCACCACGACGGACACGAUGUGUGGAGGCCUUUGUCCAGCGGGUGAUUUGACACAGGGCUGUAUAUUUCAUGGGGGCUCCACAAAUACUUUAAACCAUAUGACGUGACGAUCCAUUGAAGCUUCAUUUGAAAAAUGCUGCUGUGAACGCAUGGAAAUGAAAAAAAUGCCUUUUUGAACGCAGGAACAAAUAAACUCAAUGGAAGGAAAUAAUCGUUAUGCGCGAGCACGUGUCUUUUCCAACGUUUAUGGCAGGGGUGGGGUAACUAUUCCUUUCC